UACCACGUAAGAUUACCAUUCCACACUCAUACAUUAGUCCCAAUCACACAAAGUAAUAUGCACCGUGCAAUAAGCCAGCAGUUGUUAGCGAUAUUGGCAGCGAUAUUAGCUUUAAGUGUGAUUCUGUGUGUAGCCACCGAAGUUCCACGCCCCCGCGGAGUAUCUCUAAUUAAGGCAGCGCUGUAUCAGCCUCGAGGGGGCGACAAUAGCUGGACCUGCUUGGAUGGCAGCAAAACGAUUCCUUUUGUACAGGUGAACGAUGACUACUGCGACUGUCCCGACGGGAGCGAUGAGCCAGGCACAUCCGCCUGCGCGCAGGGCCAAUUUCACUGCCUCAACAAGGGCCACGAGUCUGUGGACAUUCCCAGCUCGCGUGUCCAGGAUGGCGUGUGUGACUGCUGCGACGGCAGCGAUGAGUCACAGGUGGUUGGGUGUGCAAACACCUGUGCGGAGUUGGGCGCUGCAGCUGCCAUCCAGCGCAGGAAUCAAGCAGAGCUCCACAGGCAGGGUGCUGAGAAGCGACUGGAGAUGAUUGCACGGGGUAGACAACUGAGAGCAGAUAGGGAAACACGCCGAAUGGAGCUGGAGCGACGUAUUAAGGAUCAGGAGGCUCUGAAAUCCGAGAAGCAGCAGAUUAAGAUCAACGCCGAGGCCUUGGAAAGCGAUGCUCUGGAGGUCUUCAAGGAGCAACAACGGGAGCUGGAUGCGGAUACCGUUCAGGCCGAAGAGGAACCCCAGCAAAUGCGCCACGAAGCUUCGCUCAGCUUUGCGGUGUACGAUAUUAACAAAGAUGGCUUCGUGGAGGUCACCGAACUGAUGGUGGACAUCAAUCUCGACCGCGAUCGCAACGGCGUGGUCACCGUAGAAGAGGCCAAGUACUUCUUGGAUGAACGUGAGCGAGUGGAUCUAGAUGCCUUCGUCACCCUGGCCUGGCCACGCAUCAAGCCCUUGAAAAUGCUGGCCGAGGGUCUGUUCCAGCCCCCGCAUGCGGAAGAGCAGGUUCCUCCAGUCGGAGAAGUGCCAGUUGAGGCGACCACUGAAGGAGUCCAGCCAACGCCGCCCCAGCCCACCGAAGAACAAGUCGACAUGGAAGAUAGCACGGAUGGGGAGGCUGAUGAAGAAGGCGACGAAGAUCAGUACGAUGACGAGGAUGGAGACGUGGGUGUGGGGGAAGCCUCGCCGGAAGUGGAAGCUCCUGCACCGCCUAUUUACGAUCCAGAGACACAGCGUCUCGUAGAACAGGCCAAUGAGGCCCGCAAUGCCCUGGACGAGGUUGAGCGUAACAUACGCGAGAUCGAACAGGAAGUCAAGGAGAUUGAUGAGCAGAGUUCCAAAGACUACGGCCCGCAAGAAGAAUGGGCAGUGCUGGACGGCGAAUGCUAUAACUUUGAGGAUCGUGAAUACGUUUACACUUUGUGUCCGUUCGACAGGGCCUCGCAGAAGCCCCGAAACGGUGGAGCCGAGACAACCCUCGGUCGCUGGGAACAAUGGAUUGGCGAGGGUUACAAGUACUCAAAGCAGAAAUACGGCAAUGGAGCCGCCUGCUGGAACGGCCCCCAGCGGUCGGCCAUUAUCGACAUUAGAUGCGCUCUGGAGCCACGUAUCACGUCAGUUGGCGAGCCCAAUCGCUGCGAGUACUACUUUGAGUUUGAGACACCAGCCGCCUGCGAUAGCGAAGCUCAACAGGCGGAGAACGUGCACGACGAACUUUGAGAACACGAUGGAACGCAAAUGUGUCGAUAGCCCGAAAAGAUCAGAGAUUUGAAGAGGAUUGUAUUUUAGUUGUAGAGAGUGGAUUCUUUUGAAAUAUCAUAUUUGUCGCGAUCAUUCCCAUGCUGAAAGGAGCGAGGGCGGCCAAGCGCGGGCGAACGUCAUUAAGAAAUAUAGUGAAAUCAUUCAGUCUAUGCAUUUAAGCAAAACUUAAGAAAACAUGUUUCAAUUUGAAUAAAGUGUAAACAGUUAGUA